CAAUAGUUGAAGAAUAAUAACUCAAGUUAUGGGGUAUACAAGUAUCUACGCUAUCACAUUGGUAGCCCUCGUGGCGGCUCUAUUGGGCGUAUCAAAAUCACAGCCGAGCGGGUCAUGCGUGAGCACACUGACCACCCUUUCUCCGUGCCUCACCUACAUCACCGGAAACUCAACCACUCCCUCACAGACUUGCUGCUCUCAGCUCGACUCUGUCAUCAAAUCUUCGCCGCAGUGCAUCUGCUCUGCCGUAAACAGUCCAAUCCCUAACAUCGGCCUUAACAUUAAUCGCACACAGGCCUUGCAGCUCCCCAACGUCUGCAACAUUCAGGCGCCUCCCCUCACACAAUGCAACGUGGCCACUGGGCCGACAGCACCUCUUCCCGCACUUUCUCCGACGGAGGAGAACCCAGGUGUGGCACUAACCCCAUCCUCAUCACCAGGUGGUCGUUCAGGAGUUGGAGGUGGUUCCAAGACCACUCCUUCCACUGGGCCCGGCUCAUCCUCCGGGAGCGUCGACCGUGUGCCACCCCAUUUGCUUACAUAUACUAUAUUUGUGGUCUGGACCUCCUCUCUUCUUAAUCAAUUCUAAGAGUUCAUGUAUUUGAGAAUUUGAUUUCCACUUUUACUAAUUUAUCCGGUUGUUGUUAAGCUGCUGUACCAAAUUUAUAUGUCAGUUGUGUAUUUUAUUUGUUUAGCUAUUUUCAGUUGAUGGGAUCGAAUCAUUGAAUUUAUUGUCUAUAUAAAAUAAUCAUUACAUUUUCAAAGAAACUAAAAUUUCGUUGUGAAUA